CCAGUCUCGUGGUCUCGGCCGUUUGCUGCCUCACGUCCUACUUGGCUCUACCGAACUGCCCCAGCAGCUCAGCAAGCUUCUCAUUGUCUAAUCUCGGCAGCCCGCUGCGCGCCCCCUGGUGCUUCAACUUCUCGUGCGCAAUGAGGCCACCCCACACCAGCACCCUCUCCACACACCAUCCCCUCAGCAGCCCGAAGAUGACACCGCCGAUGAAGGCGUCCCCGGCCCCCGUCGUGUCAACGAUCUCCGACUCGUCGAUGGGCCACGCGCUGCAGUGCACCGCUGCAUGACAGCCCUCGCCACUCAAUGCAUCAACUGCUGGCGGCUCGUCGCACCAAUCGACCAAAGCGAUCUCGUCAGUGGUCACAGUGGCAUACCGCAGCUUGACGGGCACGUGGGAGCGUAAGGGUGAAGGGCCAUCGACAUGGAGGGAGGGGUGAAAGGGGCAGGGCAUGAGCAUCACAGCCCCCCGCUCGCCGAGGGUGGAGCACACAAGCCGCCUCGUGGGGCACUUGGCAGACAGAUGACGCAUUCCGUGCAGGAAAGAUGAGUCCACCGGCGCAUUGGGGGAGGAGGAAGGGGAAGAAGACGGGGCGAACUGCUUGGGGUAGCGGCUGUUGGUGAACAGGACAUCCGCGAGAGCGAGGAGCUCUGGUAGCCCUUCACGAUCCUGAGCAACGAGCGAAGGGAGGCCAACCAAUGAAAUGGAGAGAACACCAGACCAUCAUCGUCUUUGCCCACCUUUUCUGCAUCCAGUGAGAUCGUCACGCCAGCCUCUUUGGCCAACUCAGCCAGUCGACAGGCGGCCGCUGGUUGCCUCGCAUCUGAGUGUACCCAACGAAUGCCCGCAUCCCUCCGAAACAUGUCGUCUGCUACAUCAUUCGCCCCCAUCUCCUUCGGGCAGGGCGUGUGGAUGCACGUGCGGGUCUUGGCAGCCUCAUCGACGAUCACAUAAGUGAAUGGCGAGGGGACGCCAGGAUAGGUCAGGACCAGGCUUGUGUCGAUACCGUCCUCACGCAGCUCAUUGAGUAUGGUCUGCCCGUUGCUGUCGUCUCCGACACACGUGAUUAUGCCGCACUUCACACCCAGCCGAGAGAGGGCCGUGCAUGUGUUGCCGGCGUUGCCGCCUCCCUCUAUGCUGAGCGACUCUGUCCUGAUCUUGUCGUCGGGCUCCGGAUAAGCCGCUACACGGGCGAGAAAGUCGACUCCAGCAGCACCGACACAAAGAACCUUCAUUGUCGGCACUGUGCGAUGAGUCCCUCGCAACCGCAACUGAAGAAAGCGAACAGACAAGUGGCAGAUCUGUGUGCUGGUAUGUUGCUUCACUCACGCAGUACCGAUCUUUCGUUCCGCCCAGCUGCAUUCAGCACAAACGCCGCAGCGAAGUGUUCGCGGAUUCCCCUGCUGACGAAGAGAAGCACAAGAAGGCCUUGGAGCCGAGUGUUCAGCAUCAAAAGG